CUUUCCGCCGCAGGAAACGAAGAAGAAACUGUUCUCUCCAGAGAUUUGCAAUUCUUUUCUCUCUUCUCGUUUCUUCAGAUUGUGUGUACGAACGAGAAGAAUCUUCACGUCCGAUGGGAAAUUUCCUAACGACCGAUUCUAGGGUUUUUGAAAACAGAGAAGAAUCUUCAGGUUCCUCUGAGGAUGAACCGAAGUCAAACGAUGUUAACAUGGAGAGUGUUAACGACUCUGGACCAGUUGAAGAUUAUGUGAUGAGUGAAGCUUCUUCGUUACUCAAUACGAAGCAAGAUCAUUCCAGAGAUGGGUUCCAUGUAGGAGACUUUGUGUGGGUACAAGGAGUCAACCGUCACCAAUGGUGGCCUGGGAAGAUUUAUGAUUCUUCAGAUGCUUCAGACUUAGCUUUGAAGCAAAUGCAGAAAGGUACAUUACUUGUGGCGUUUUGUUGGAAAGGGACGUUUGCUUGGUGCACUCCAUUGCAGCUCAAACCAUUUCUUGAGAAUUUCAGAGACUUUUCCAAGACUAGCGAUUCCAGCAGCUUUCUCAGUGCUGUGAGAGAAGCUGUGAGGGAGAUUGGUCAACAUGUUGAGAACCUCUUGGUUUGUGAUGAUGCUAUGGUUUGUCCUGUAGCUGUGAAUGGUGGAGUAAAGAAAGGAGUUCUUGUACCUGACGGUAGAAGAGAAAUUGUAAAGUCUUUGCUUCUUGAAAAACCUGGGAUAGUUCUUGAAGAUGUUAAGAGCCUUGCCAAGGAAGCUAGUUUUAGUGAUGUGUUAGAGAUUGAGGUUUUGAAGAGGAAAAUAUCCGCGUUUUAUCGGUGGUCUAAAGGAAGGUUUGGUUUAGCGAAAUACGAUGAUGAGAAUCCAUAUAUCAUAGGACUCGAAGACAAAGAGGAUGAGUAUGCGUUGAAGUUCAACAACUCUUCUUGCCAUAGAUCAUUAAGAAAGUGCUCUGGCCUUACUAGUAAUAAAAAGAGGAAACAUGGUGAUGAAGUUUCUAAGUGCUCAAAUCAUUUAGAAGAGAGUGAGAAGAAAGAGGAGUCAGGUAUUGAUGUAGUAGUUGAUUUAUCAACUCCACUGGCUUCACUCUGCAAGAGGGUAAAGGUUGAUGAUGUUUCUUCAAGUGGUGAAAGAAACACUGGGAGUGGGGAGACUAUAGUGCAAAGAGGUAAGAGAGAGAGGAAGAAAAGCAAGUAUCUUUCUCCAGAAUACAUGACAGAUUUUAGUUGGAGCAGGAGAAAGAGCAAACUAGAAUCCGAAUCAGCAGAGCGAAUGAUCAGUUUUGUUAGCUUGGGAGCUACAACAGAGGAAAUACUGGAUCUUAUCCGUGCAGCUUCCCUCAGCACACAACAUUCACAAGAGUGUAAAAGCUCGUAUGACAUGAUAAGAGAGUUUGCGUCCAUUUACCGAAGCUUUACAUAUGUUACUGGAGCCAAUUACACAAGAAACGGUUCUGAUGAAGAUAAGCAGCUUCAAGUGAAGGUGAACAAGAGAGAAACACCUGAAAACACAAAUGAAAAGAAGGGAGUGACGGAUUUGGAGUGGUUGAAAAAGAAGCUUGAAAAAAUGAUAGCAUUGUUGGACGAAUCAGAGGGAGGAGAGGUUACGGAAGAGUUGAAGAUGAAACUUGAAGAGGAAUCAAGAAACUUGCUAGACAAGGUAAGGAAGAUGACUGUUUGUUCAUUUUAACUUGUAGGAUGUUAUGUUUGUUUAUUAGUUGAAGACGCUAGCUUU